AUGGCAUCUCAAGCAUCCCAGGCCCAAACUCAGGGCGAAGAGUCGUACAUCCUUCCCACGUACCCCCGUCCCAGCCCAUUGAUCACCAGGGGCGAGGGGUCAUACGUCACCGAUGUCAACGGCAAGAAGUACCUUGAUUUCACCUCCGGCAUCGCCGUCGUGUCUCUGGGUCAUGCCGAUCCUCAGAUCACCAGCCUCAUCGCAGAUCAGGCAGGUAAGCUGAUGCACAUAUCGAUGCUAUACGAGAAUGAAUGGGCGAAUAUCCUAGCAAAGAACCUGGUUACCACUACUAAGGCUUCUGGUACUAUGUCGGAUGCAUAUCAGGUUUUCCUGGCUAGCUCCGGAACCGAGGCCAAUGAGGCCGCCUUUAAGUUUGCCCGUAACUUCGCCAAGAUGGAUCCUUCCGGAGAGAAGUUCGAAAUUAUCGCCUUUACCAAUGCUUUCCACGGUCGCUCCCUUGGCUCCUUAUCGGCGACAUAUAACCCUAAGUAUCGGGAUCCUUUCGGCCCUCUUGUCCCUGGCUUUAAGCAUGGAACCUUUAAUUCUAUUGAAGGCCUUGACUCUCUUAUCACCGAUAAGACAUGCGCUGUUAUCGUCGAACCGCUACAGGGUGAGGGAGGCAUUAUCCCCGCAAAGCCAGAGUUUCUCGCUGCCCUGCGGAAGCGCUGCGAUGAGACACGAGCCCUCCUCAUUAUUGACGAGGUUCAGAGCGGAGUGGGCCGUACCGGCUCGCUCUGGGCUCAUGCUCAUCCUUCUCUCAGAGACCCUAAGACCGGCAAGGUGGUUGCUGAGCCCGAUAUCCUAACUUCGGCUAAGGGCCUUGGCAAUGGCUUCCCCGUUGGUGCCACGAUUGUGACCCGGCGUGUUGCGGAAACAGUCAGCGUCGGCAUACACGGCACCACCUACGGAGGCAACCCAGUGGCAUCCCGUAUCGCAAGCCACGUCCUCGACCGAGUAUCUCAGAAGGACUUCCUCAAGCAGGUAGAUGCCAAGUCUCAGCAUCUCAUUAAGGGACUUAAGAAUCUACAAGCUCAGGUCCCUAAUGUCAUCAAAGAUGUUCGAGGCAAGGGCUUGAUGAUUGGUGUGGAAUUAGAACCGGCUCUUAGUGAUAAAGUACCGGGGGUAAUCCGAGCCGCCCGUGAGCGUGGCCUGUUGAUUAUCGUUGCUGGAAGCUGCAUUCGCAUCGUCCCGCCGUUGACAAUCGAGGUGAAGGAUCUGGACAAGGGUUUAGAGAUCUUUAAGAGAGCCCUCCAGGACUUGUGCUUGUAG